AUUCCUUCCUUCCUUCCUAACCAAAACCCUCUUUUUCCAAUUUUCAGCUUUCAACAAAAGCACUUCCAAUCCUUUUUUUUUCUUCUUAAAGUACUACAGCAAUCGCCAUGAAUUCUUACCCUGAUGUGGGCGAAGGUGGUCAUCAUAAUCAAAGCUCAUCUCCUAGUGUCACGUCUGAAAGCCCACCGGAACUCGAUUCUGAUGUUGAGAUAACUGCCGCAGACGAACCGCCUCAACAUGUCGGUCUAUCUUCAGCGUCUAUUAACCGAAAUCUUCCGGGUGGAAGUUCUACUCCAGACACAUCAUCAGUGACAACCAGUAGUCAACAACAACAACAACAACAACAACAUGGGAGAAUUAAACAAAACAAAAUCCAUGGCCUACUUGGUGCCAAGUUUUUUGACAGUAAAAUACCUACAAAAAAGAAGCUCAAGUGGCUGAAUCGGUUAGCUAGUGUUCGAGCUGAUGGCACAGUGCAAUUUGAAAUUCCAGAUGAAAUCAGGCAACAAAGCUUGGAUUUUGGUACCAAAGUUGAAGCUGCUACUAAUGAAGAUGAGGAUGAAGAUAAAGAUGGAGAUUUUGAUGCAACAGCUAUUCCAGAUUUCCCUCCAUUGCAGAUUGUUAUGCUUAUUGUUGGAACAAGGGGAGAUGUACAACCAUUUGUUGCCAUUGGAAAACGUUUACAGGAAUAUGGUCAUAGAGUCAGACUAGCAACUCACUCCAAUUUCAAGGAAUUUGUCAAGGCUUCUGGCCUUGAAUUUUUCCCUCUAGGUGGUGAUCCCAAAGUCCUUGCUGGAUACAUGGUGAAGAACAAAGGAUUUUUGCCAUCAGAGCCUUCGGAAAUACCAAUUCAAAGAAGUCAAAUAAAGGAGAUUGUAUUUUCUUUACUUCCUGCAUGUACUAGUCCUGAUCUGGACACAAAUGUUCCAUUCAAUGUUGAUGCUAUAAUUGCUAACCCUCCUGCAUACGGUCAUACUCAUGUUGCAGAAGCACUUAGCGUUCCACUCCACAUCUUUUUCACUAUGCCAUGGACGCCUACAAGUGAAUUUUCACACCCUCUUUCACGUGUUCGGCAACCUGUGGCAAAUAGACUGUCAUAUCAGAUUGUUGAUGCAUUAAUUUGGAUGGGGAUGCGAGAUAUAAUUAAUGAGUUCAGGAAGAAAAAGCUGAAGCUAAGACCUAUUACAUACUUAAGUGGUUCAUAUAGUUCUCCACAUGAUUUGCCUUACGGAUAUAUUUGGAGUCCACAUCUUGUUCCCAAACCAAAAGAUUGGGGUGCACAUAUUGAUGUUGUAGGUUUCUGUUUCUUAGACCUUGCAUCAACUUAUGUACCUCCAGAUCCGCUACUGGAAUGGCUUCAAAAUGGUAAAAAGCCCAUCUACAUUGGAUUUGGUAGCCUUCCUGUUCAAGACCCUGAUGGAAUGACAAAGAUAAUUGUGGAAGCCCUACAAAUUACACAGCAACGAGGUAUCAUCAACAAAGGCUGGGGUGGUUUAGGAAACUUGGCCAAGUCGAAAGAUUUUGUAUACUUGCUGGAUAAUGUUCCACACGAUUGGCUAUUCCUACAAUGUGCUGCUGUGGUUCAUCAUGGUGGUGCUGGAACAACUGCUGCUGGUCUUAAAGCUGCGUGUCCAACAACUGUGGUUCCUUUCUUUGGAGACCAACCAUUUUGGGGAAAGCAGGUUCAUGCAAGGGGAGUAGGCCCCCCUCCAAUUCCUGUGGAGGACUUCUCACUCAAGAAAUUGGUUUCUGCAAUACAGUUCAUGUUAAAGCCAGCCGUGAAAGUAGCUGCUACUGAACUGGCAAAGGCCAUGGCGGAUGAAGAUGGGGUUAAAGGUGCAGUGGAUGCUUUUCAUAAGCAUUUUGGUCGCAGAAAAGCUCAGUCUCCACCUGCAAAACAUCCAGCACACUUCUCACUCUCAGUCAGACAUUGUCUGGGCUGUACUUGACUUCAUAUUCAGGUCUCCUGACUUUUGUCAAUACCUGUAAAUUUUUUAUUUUCAGCUUUUCUGACACAAUUGAUAUGAGUUGAGAGACCUGUUUGAUUCGUAUUUCUCUUGUUUUUUCUUCUUUUUGGGUGGAUUGUGUUAUGUAUAGGAAGGUUCUUAUAAAGUUUAUGUUGAAAGAAAUCUAAAUAUUGGAAUUACGCUAAAAUUCAUUCAUUGUAAUAGUAAUGCUUCAUGAACAAUGUGAU